AUGCAAUUGCCACUGAGAACGUUUUUCAUUGACGAGAAAGAUCCAGCCGCAAUAGCCAAAUCCGUGCAGUCGCUAGUGAUGAGACUGAAAAAGAGUGGAAUCCUUUCCAUGAUGUUUUGUCCACCUCGUCGUCUACCCUCCCUCAACGUGAAGGAUCGUCACAAUUAUUCCCAAAACUUAAUAAUCGAAGUUUCCGUUCGAAACUUUCGCUACCGUACUCUGUUUCUGUUUUUAGGUAGCGAUUAUAUCCAUGCCAGCAGAGUGAUGGUAGGCAAUAAUAUGUUUAUUUGUACACAAGGACCAUUAAACAGUUCUAAAGAGAGCUUCUGGGCUAUGGUAAUCCAGGAAAAAGUAAAGCUAAUUGUUAUGCUAUGCAAACUCGUCGAAGAUGGAAAAGAAAAAUGUGUCGAGUACUUUCCGAGGAAUGGAGGUGAAAAUUUACGACACCUUAUGAUAUUUCCUACCUCCAUUUUUCUCACUGACCUAGAACAUUUAACAACUCAACUGUCUGAAAAAUGUGGUGUAAACCCAUCGUUUCAGGUAGAACAUAUAUGGUACGAAAACUGGGCCGACCACACUGCACCGGAAAAUUUUAAAGCGACUGUUGAAUUGAUACGGUUAGCACGGAAAAAACGACAAAACGCUCCAGUUAUAGUGCACUGUUCAGCAGGUGAUCUCUCUGAAGAAUGUGCUGCUCCGGCAGCAACUACAUCAUCUUUUAGUAUGGAAAUGGUUUUGAAAGCUAUACGGGAUCAACGUAUGCACAGUAUCCAAAAUGACAUGGUAGUUACAGUUUAUAGUGAACAUCUAAUUCCAUCGGCAGAGCUUAAUUUGAUACUAUCAAAGAAAACGACGAAAGGGUGA